GUUUCAGAUGAGACAUCUCUUUGUAUUAUUGCCAGCUCUUCUGGCAAUUACUAAUGCUCAAGAUCAUUCAAUUGACAUUCGAGCACUUGUACGAGAUACAAUUGAUGCAAUCAAAGAAGUUCCAGAGAUGAUGAAGAAUCAGAAUCAAACAUCCACAAGUUCUACGCCAGACGUAUCCACUCCUCAACCAGAGAAAGUUGUCAAGGCUCGCGAAGAUGUUUAUGAUUCCCUUUUGAAACUUCCUUCUGAUAUUAUGUCUCAACUUGCAAGAGAUGCAGGAUUUGUUAGCGAGAAAGAUCAGAAGAUUCAGAAAAACGCUGAAGUAUCAGAGAAAAAGAAAGAAGAGACCGAAAGAGUUGAAAAGAAGAAAGAAGAUGACGAGUCGUUCAGCUUCAAGACGGUAGAUGACGUUAAAAAAGAAGAAAGAAAAGAAGAAAUUGAACGUCCAUCUGUUGCAGCAAAAGCUGAUGAUAAUGAGGAUAUCUUCUCCAUCUCAAGACUUAUAUCAGCUACUGGAAAUGCAAUCAGAGAAGCACAGGCUGCUCAAGCUGCUCAGAAGCCGCAACAGACUCCACAACAGGAACCAAUGAUCACCUUGCCACCUCUUGUUCCAUUGCCACCAGUACCACUUCAAAUGCCCGCUCUUCACAUACCAACAACUGCCGCUCAACCAGUCACUGAAAUCAUGUAUCGUCCGGUAACCAGAGACGGAAAGACUGUCUACGAACAGGUUGUUGUUUUGAAAGAAGCGAACGGAUCAGUCAAAAUUCUUCCAAACACCUUGCUUCAACAGUUACCUGAAGUUUCGACAAAGAGAGUAGAGAUUAAACAAGUGAAAUCCCGGUCUGAGGCUACUGAAUUCUUGGCCCCAACAUUCCCUCCAAUGAUCAACUUGUUCACUGAUCCAACAACCACUACCACUCCAACCACUACCGAAGAACCAGAAGUCACGACAAUUGAAGAAGUUGAGCAAGAGACAAUUAAACCAAAACGCAAGUCCCUUCCAAGACGAAAGAUUCAUUAUCUUGAAAAAAAGGGAAAAGACAUGCAUUCUCGUCAAUUUGGAGCAAAAACUGUUCAGAUGAGUGAUCCAAUCGAUAUUCAAGCACAGGAGGAACAGGAACCAGUCAAUAUUCUUCAAAAAGAGGGAAGCAUUCGUGUGUACAGCAUCAAUCGUAAAAGAAAGAUUCGCAAACCACGUGUCGUCAAAGUUGAAGAAAAUGAAAAGGUUGAAGAGAAACCAGUUGAGGAGGAAGAAGAAGCAACGACUGAACCACCAAAGAAGAAGAGAAAGAUGAGAAAGAGUCACAAAACAUCAAAGAAAGAAAAGAAAGAGAUCCGCAAGUUCCCAGAUCUUUAUGACGAGCAAUGGAAGACCCAAGUGGCUCCAAGUGUUUCCCCACCAUCCGAAGAGUUUGCUGAGCAAUUCGAUGGAGUUGAUGAGGUUCAAGAGAGCCCAAAAAGACAGGAAACAACCCAACAAGAAGUUCAAAAUGAUACUCCAAUGAAUGAUGCUAUCGAACAGAGAAGCAGCAAGGUUCAGAUGUUGACAAAAGAGCAGGAAGAAGAACUUUUGAAUAAGGAGGUUAGAAAGAGAGUUAUGAAGAGAAUUCGUCUCUCAAAAAUGAAGACUACAACCACAACAACUACUACUGAAGCUCCAACAACUACACCAGAAGAAGAAGAGGAAGAAGUUGUGACAGCUGCCGUGGAACAGGAAGAGGAAGAUGAUGUUAUUGAAGCAGAAGAGUUAGUUGAAGAUGAAGAAGAAGAUGUAACAACCACCACCACCACUGAAGCUCCAGUUACACGUGCUCAACGUGUCAAGAAAAACAAAAAGAGAGCUGUUGUGACAAAGCAUCAAUGCUUGAACCUUCGUAGCUUCGCACGUCAAUUCUUGUUUGAUACCGUUGAAGAGUUCGCAAAAGAGCACUGUUACUUUAUUGAGAACUAUUAUCCAGCACUAACAUGUGCUCGUUCUCAUGCUUAUGUUGCCAAGUGCCAAAAGUGGUUGAAAGAGGAGUAAUUAAUUAAUACCUUUAUAUUAAUUUUUAUUUUGAUUUCGAUCCAGAUCUACGUGUAUUUGUUUGUAAUAUUUUCUCCAUCUUUCUGCCCUUGACUUUUGUGCAAUUUUCUCAAAAACUUUCUCAUGUUAAUAAGUGUGCAAUAUGUGCAAUAAUUCAUGGUUAAUAAAUGGUUAUUC